GUGGUUUCCAGGGAUCGGAGGGAUCGUCAUCGCUCUAAAAGUCGAGACAGCAGCAGUCGAGGAGACAAAUCUGUGACCAUCCAGACUCCCGGGGAGCCGCUGCUCGACGCAGAGUCGACCCGCGGAGAUGACAGGGAUGAUAACUGGGGUGAAACCACCACGGUCGUCACUGGAACCUCAGAACACAGCAUCUCAAACGAGGACCUGACGCGCCUCUCCAAAGAUCUGGAGGAAACGACUCCGCUGGAGUGCAAGCGCUUUGUCGGCCCGGCUCUGGGAGGCUGCCUGAGCUUCUUCGCCCUCGUCACGCCUUUAGCCUUCCUCAUCCUGCCGCAGGUCCUGUGGCGUGACGCCCUCGAGCCCUGCGGCACGCCCUGCGAAGGCCUCUACGUCUCCCUGGCCUUCAAGCUCCUGGUCCUGCUCAUCUCCUCCUGGGCGCUGUUCCUCCGGCCCCCCCGCGCCACCCUGCCGCGCUUCUUCGUCUUCCGCUGCCUGCUGAUGGUGCUGGUGUUCCUGUUCGUGGCGUCGUACUGGUUGUUCUAUGGCGUGCGGGUGCUGGAGCCCAGGGAGAGGGACUACAGGGGGAUAGUGGAGUACGCCGCCUCGCUGGUGGACGCGCUGCUCUUCAUCCAGUACCUGGCUCUGGUGCUGCUGGAGGUCCGACACCUGCAGCCGGCCUUCUGCCUGAAGGUGGUCCGCAGCACGGACGGAACCAGCAGGUUCUACAACGUGGGCCACCUCAGUAUCCAGCGAGCAGCCGUGUGGGUGUUGGACCGUUAUUACAACGACUUCCCCGUCUACAACCCGGCACUGCUCAACCUUCCCAAAUCCAUCCUGUCCAAGAAGAUGACCGGCUUCAAGGUUUACUCCCUGGAUGAAAACACCACCAAUAACUCCACGGGUCAGUCCCGGGCCAUGAUCGCAGCUGCUGCCCGGAGGAGAGACAACUCCCACAACGAGUUUUACUACGAAGAGGCGGAGAUGGACCGCAGGGUCCGCAAACGCAAGGCCAGGUUGGUGGUGGCGGUGGAAGAAGCCUUCACGCACAUCAAGCGUCUCCACGAGGACGAGGUCGCAUCGUCCCCCAAACACCCGAGAGAGGUGAUGGAUCCCCGGGAGGCGGCUCAGGCCAUCUUCGCUCCGAUGGCACGGGCCAUGCAGAAGUAUCUGAGAACCACCCGUCAGCAGGCGUUCCACAGCAUGGAGAGCAUCCUCACACACCUGCAGUUCUGCAUCACGCACAACAUGACGCCCAAGGCUUUCCUGGAGCGUUACCUCUCCCCCGGCCCCUCCGUGCAGUACCAGCAGCAGAAUGGCAGGGGGCGCCAGUGGACCCUGGUGAGCGAGGAGCCGGUGACCUCUGCCCUGCGUCAGGGGCUGGUUUUCUCUCUGCGACGCUUGGACUAUUCCCUGGUGGUCACGGCCAUGCCGCUCCCCUUCCUGCGGCUCGGCGAGGAAUUCAUCGACCCAAAGAGCCACAAGUUCGUCAUGAGGCUGCAGUCGGAGACCUCGGUGUGAGGGGCGUCCCCCUGAAGGACCACCCCCCCCCUACCCAACAACCUGACCGCUUCCUCUCUCCCAUCAGGACCACUGACGCGCGGGACACGUGGCGACCUCCUCCUCCUCCUCCUCCUGUCUGUGACUAAGAAACCAUUUGAGGAGAAGGAGCGUUUCACACCUGACACCUCCCCUCUGUUUUAUGAUCAUCACAGAUGCACGGGAAUCAAACUGUGAUCAGCUCGACGAUUGUCUGAACCUGGAAAUAAACGGAUGCCUUGACCGUUUCUCCAUCUGUGUCUCGGUCUUUAUGACACGCUGUAAAAAAAACAACCCUUGUUUGUAAAGGGGACUUUUUGUCUUCGGGCCUUUAACCACUGGACUCUUUUACUGUGCUGAUUCACACGGACGCCACCGGGGGGGGGUGCGGUUACAUCACACGUGUUACUUCCUCUCUUCUUGUGUGUGUUGAGAACAGAGCGACUGGAGCUCGGCUCUGACUAAACGCUGGUUACCACUGCCUUCGGUUCCCUGUUUCCUCUCAGAUGACGAGGACUGUUUUUGUCUUUUUACAUUAGAGGGCGUGACUUUUUUUUUACUCACAGAACGAAGCAUCGUGUGGAAUCGACACGUCGCUCCUCCGCGGCCUCGAGGCCAAACUGUGCUUUUUAUCGGACUAUAAAGAAAAACGGAAGAACAUUCCUAAGUUGUUGCUUCUCUGGACUCGGUGUGUUCGUGAUUGUUUUUGAAAUAUGCAGCUUCUGUUUUAUUCUACACUGGCCUUUUUUUUUAUACUAUUAAUAUUUCAAUUUUAACAGGAAGUACAAACACCCUGUAUUAACAUGCGAUCUGGUUUAGGACGUUAAAGCAGAAGUCUUUUUCUCAUUGUCAGCAAAUCCCACAUGAGACCAGAAAACCUCAUGUGUUUGGACCAGCUAUCAAAUAAGUCUUUCUUCCUACUGAAGUAAAUCUUUAAAAACACAUUUCCCUUUUUAAAGGCUCAGUUUUGUGUUUUUUUAAAGUGGAAUAAGUUUAAUUAAACUCGGACAAACUCGUUAGGAAGAUCAAUUAAUUUAUAUUGUAGUAUCUUGGAGAUUUGAUGACAAUAAGUAAAUGAAACAUCACCAGACGUACUCUUUAAUACAGCUGCUGAUGGGAGUUGUACAGAUGUGCCACUUUCUUAAAGAAGAACUCAAUCAGCUGAAAAUGAAUCCACCUGUGAACUGGAUUCUGACUAAACUUUUUUUAAUAUUCGGGUUCGGUCACGUUGGCUGUUCUCUGUACUUGAUAUUUUUCACUGCACGUGCCUGUAAAUAGGGAAAACAAGAGGUUCGGUUCGGUCUCGGUCAGAUUUCUCUCUGAACUCUGAACCUGCCGCAGCAUCUCUAAAGAAAACUCUUUGUAGAAAGAAAAGACGAAAUACGGUUGUUCAGACAAAAACAUUCUCAACCCAGGGUCCAACGAACUCACACGUUGUUGAUGUCGCAGUUUUUACUUUUAGAAUUUUUGCUGAAUGAUUCACAAUCAAAAAAAAAACUGUAAAGAAAUUCAGUGUUUUAUGUUGGGAAGUAAAACGAGAGGUUUGAAAAUAAUAAUUUGCAGAAUAAUCAAUAAUAAAAAGCAACGGUUCAAUGCGGUGGCUUCAGUUGUGGAGGAGGAAACUGUCCACAUCUGAUGCAAGAGACCAGAGACGGGAAGUGACAUCAUCCACAUGUCAAAUGAAUCCAGCUCCGUCUGUCUGGGGGAGGUCGUGGGAUGUAGUUGGCAGCUCUGGAAAGAAGAAGUGGCUGUACAUGGACCGUGUGUCCUCAAAACGUCCACUUCUCGUGAAGGAGGACGAAAAGUUUUGUUUUCAGCUUUUGUGACGAAGCAUUUGUAGCAAAUCCACGAAAGAAAAAAAAAAAAAACUUCAUCUGAAAACGUCCUAAUUGCCAAAUUGUUCUCACGAGCUGGUGACGUGAUUGGACUCCUUUCGUAUUCGAUCAUGAAACCAGAUCCAGGUUGCAUGUUGACGCCAGGUGUAGAUGGGGUCUGUUGUACAUGUGAGGAAAUCAGUACUAAACAGGCGGCUCCAGUUAAACUACGAGCUGACUUCUCUUUUCUUUUUUUAAAUGCAUUUCUGCAAAAAAAAUCCCAAACCAGACGUGUGAUUGUAAGUCCUCACUGCAGCUCCUCUGCAGCUGUAGCACAUCAACCCCCCCCCGCCCUUGUGCCACGAGCUGCAACAAGCACAGUGAACACGCUGCCUCCUUCCCCUCUCGGCCUUACACCCUCCAGAUGUGCGGGAGCGGCGUCGAGGCCACACCUGUCCUCACGCCGACUCCUGGAACUCACUGCAAACCCCGAGACGUUGAGAUACGAGCCGCUCGGACGUCUCGACCUUUACUGUACGUUUGAGCCGCAGCACGACCGACUGUUUCCUUCCCGGUGAAAAUGUGGUUUUAAAAGCCCUUUAUGAUCCAAAUACCAGGUCUGAUGGGUUUGACAUUUCAUCAGUGAUCAAAAUGCAGAUUUGUGUUUUUUUUUAAAUGCAUGCUAGAGUUAUUUCAGGCUCCAAAGCUUUUUAUAAUAACUUGUUUUCUAUCAUUUUUAAGGUGCCUAAGUUAAGACGAUGCAAUUUUCCUGAAUGUUUUUACAUUUGAAAAGCAAGUGGCUUGUAAAAAAAAUGUGUAGAUUUGUCUUGUAUUUCCUUCCUUUUGGUAACUGUAGCCUGUAUAGUGUGUUCGGCAUUAUUCCAUUAUUAAACCAUUUAUUCCUAACGGG